ACGACGGAUUAGUAACAGAACCAAACGCCAUGAGGAGAACUAUUCUCAUGAUCGCCAUCGCCAUACUAUUGGCAGACGCUGUUCACGGUGCCAUAGUGAUCAGACGUUCAGAAGUCAAAUCAGCAUUUGGAGCAAUGGCCCCUCCGUCAUCAAUUAACGACGGUUCUCGCAUUGUUUCGAUUAUUCCCGGAGGAGAUAAGCAUCAUCGCAAGCGUGACAAUGUGGUUGAACCGGAGCCACCGGCAGUUCCUGAAGAGGUCCCGACCGCUAAUAAACCUCGCACGUUUACCAAGAACCAACUUCGGCCGUGCACAUUCUGCAAGUUUUUCACGACGAUAGCGCCAACAGCGAAACCACCUGCUCCUCCGGAUUCGGCGUCCAAUAUCGCACGCAAGCCGCUGAGCCCUCUCUGAUGUUCCACCACACUCCUUCCGUCACCGUGUUUACCGACGUUCCCGUGUCCAGCAAAAAUAUGAUGCUUUCGGCUACAAUUCUGCCCUCCACCAUACGUGGGUCGUCCGCCUGCCUCUAUAUUCGCUUCACCAACGGUUCUCCUUCCUGAAAGACAUGAAUUUAACCAAACAAAUCAGCAAAAAUAAACAACUUAUAAGCACCAGUA